AUGCCUGCGCAGAUUCGAGACUCGUCCAACCCGUUCUUCACUACCACGAACUCUAGGAUUGGCAAUUCGGCCUGCCAAAAGCACGAAUACGAUGCACCACCGGUUUUCCGGAAAGUCCCAAAGGUCGACCGAGUGGCCGCUGGCAUCGACUGGAGUUUCAUGUACACUAGGAACCGUGUCCCCGAGGACAAGGACGCUCGUGACGAACUUCUCAAGAACUUCAAGCACACCAGCAAGAAGGAGAACCCCCUGUAUUCCACGACGAACAACGAUAUUGGCAUCAAGCGGCCGACCGGGGCGACCUUCACCUUCGAAAGACGUGCACGACAGCAAGGGUUCAGCAACUCUUUCAACGGCCUGAAGUUCAGAGACAUGGGGCUGAACACGAACGUCACGCGAUCUAACAUCCACGACGAUCUGAACCCCCAGUUCAUGUGA